AGUGCUAGGUGCUGCGCGUGUUAAAAGUUAUUAAAAAUUAAGCAUCUGCAUGGUUGUUUUUAAUUAAAUCGAUAAAAAAGUUACUUAGCAACAGUGCGUCCAGAAAUAAGUCUUCAGAGGGGCGCUUGCCUUGUUUUCCGUUCUUUUCUGUAUCCUUUAUCCCGUGCCUGUCAGUCACUUCUCGUCUAAAAAUGUCUUCCGUUCAUUUCUUUCUUCAACCCCUACCUGGGAGUGAUGAACAGAUGAAUGAUAGGCUGAGGGAGCUGGCGGAGCGGAUCAACCGUUACGGACAGAGCUCUCCGGCGCCGCUGUCUCAGCUGCGCGUGGCCGUGCGCCAGGCAGCCGUCGGGCCCGGCCACGUGGCGCUGCUGCUCGAGGAUGGCCGCGUGUGCCGGCUGGCCUUCAGCGUCAUCACCGAGCGACUCGACCUCAGCAAACAGGAGAGCGGCUUCAAAACGCUCUUCAAGGUAUCGUCCACACCGUCCGGUGCGAGCGGCGGCGCCGCCGGUAGCGGUGGCUCAGCAGGGGCCGGCGGCGGCGGUGGAGGGGGCGGCGGCGGGGGCGGCGGAGGGGGUGGCGGAAAGCAGACCCAGCGGGCCCGCGGACGUAUCCUGCGCGCCAGCUCUUCCAGCGGAGCCAGAGGGCGCGGCACGGGCGUCAUUAGCGUGGCCGGCGCGCGGCCCGUGGUGCCCGCCUCCUACGUGCCCGAGGACCUGGUGGCUCAGGCGCAGACCGUGCUGCAGGGGAAGUCGCGCAACCUCAUCAUCCGUGAACUGCAGAGGACCAAUUUGGACGUGAACCUGGCCGUGAACAACCUGCUCUCCCGUGACGAUGACGAGGGCGACGACGGCGAGGAGGGACAGGACUCGUACGUGCCGGACGACCUGAUGUCGUUGCUGGACGCCGGCAUCCACGCCGACCACCCCUCUGUCAUCAUCGACGCCGACACCAUGUUCAGCGAGGACAUGUUCGGCAGCUACAGCACGUCGGUGCGACGCUCAGGCAGCUCGCGCGCCGCGCCGCGCGGAGACCGUGACGAGCGCGACACGGUGUUCCCGUACCGAGAGCGGCGGGCCGGCGGCGCCGUGCCGCCCAACCCGUCCCGGCGCUGGAUGAUCGAGAACGCCUUGCGGGAUACGCUGCUCGAGAAAGACACUGAUGGUAAGAAGAAGGAGGCCAGUCAGCCGAGCCCUCUGUGGCUCUCUGACGAGCUCGAGUACCUGCCGGCUCCGGUGAAGUUUGCGCACAUCGCGGCGCUGCACUCUGAGCUGGCGGCGGUGACCGUCACUGGUCAGCUGUACCAGUGGCGCUGGACCGAGAUGGAGGCCUACCGACACCCGGAGAACCCGGACAUCCACCACCCGAAGGUGUCGUGUCUCGGCCUGCUGAAUGAGGCCAUCACGCACAUCUCGGCGUCGACGGUGCGCGCCUCGGUGGCCACAGAGUCGGGCCGCGUGGCCAGCUGGGUGGACGACACCAUAGCGUCGGCGGCCACGAAGCUGGAGCACCCAGCGCACGCGUUCUCUGAGCUGGUGGCUGAUCGUGUACGGCAGCUACAGACGUGCUCGCUGUACACCUGCGUCCAGCUGGAGUCGGGAACCAUGUACUGGUGGGGCGUGCUGCCGUUCGGUCAGCGGAAGCGACUCUGGGAGAAGUACCGACUCAAGUGUAAGAGACACCGGCCGUCGGCGGCCACCGGAGAGGUACAGGUGGGCGCCACCGUCUGCAUGCGUAACGCGCCCUUUUACCACGCCGGCGCCGUCGGCUACACGACGAUCGGCGGCGCGCCGCGCGUCGGACAGCUGCUGCAGGCCGCCUGGAACCUCACCGACGUCUGCCGAUUCAAGAUCCUGCUGCCGCCGGCCGACCCGCGCAAGCCGGCGCCGCUGCGCGAGGGUCAGCUGAAGACCAAGGAGGCGGCCGACCGGAACGACAUGCCGCCGCCGCCCAGCCCGGCCAGCUCGACCUGCUCGGACGCCAGCGGCUCGGCGGCUUCCACCGGCGGGCCGGCUGUCAAGCGCGCGCGCCGCUCGGCGCCCAAGAACAGCGCCGAGCGCCGGGACGAGGAGGAAUGGAGCCUGGCCGACGUCAUCUUCAUCGAGGAGAGCAAGAACAUCCCGUACGGCAAGGUGCUCAAGAUCGACGGUCCGUACGCGGUGGUGUACUUCUGCCAGGGCCGGGAGGCGCCGGCCACCGACGACCCGCUGGUGAUGCUGAACGAGUCGCGACUCUGCCGCAAGGACGAGCUGAUGGUCAUCAAACCCGGCUCACCGCCGCGCGUCCCAGAGUGCUUUCAGAAGCUGCCCAAGAAGAUCGCUCUGCCCAGCUCUGUCCAGGUGCUGACGUACGCCGUGGACGGUAAGGGCCUGCACUGCAUCGUCUCCAGCGGCGGCAAGCUGAGCUACAACGUCUACAGCCUGGUCAGCUCGAAGCCGGACUCGGAGUGCGUGCUGCCCACCGAGUCGGACAUCUUCUGCGGCCGACAGCCGAGCGCCAUCGCGCUCAAGACCACCGGUGAAGCCGAGCAAGUGACGUUGCUGCUGGACGGCAACUCGACCGUCUACCCGCUCAACAAGACGUGCCUGGAGACGUCGAUCCGCGACCCGCUCACGUUCGACCUGAUGCCGCUGCGCUGUUUGGCGCUGGGCAGCCACCACCUGCCGUUCGUGGCGCCCCACCAGAAGACCAGCGUGGCGCUGGCCGUGCUGGUCGUGGAGUCGCAGAUCUUGAUGCCCAAGAUCCUGCGCUGCGACCUGGACGCGGUCACCCAGCUGCUGCACAGCCUGACCCAAGACACAAAAUCAGCAGUGACCCAGACGACGAUCCAGCAGCUCAUCUCCGAGCGCUGCGACGGCAACCGCAACAUCAUCCACGCCUGCGUGUCCAUGUGCUUCCCGACGACCAACAAGGAGAAUGGACAGGACGGCGGUUCGGGCGGCAGCUCUAGCGGCGCCGGAGGCGGGGGCGGCGGCGGCGGCGGCGGCGGCUCGAGCGUAGUCAACUACGAGCCCUCGUUCGAGUCCUACUCUGCCAGCCGCAGUCAGACGAUCCGCGACUUCAUCCGCCGCUCUUCCAUCGUCCGCAGCAUCAGUGUGCCAGGUGCCGUGUCGGGCCAGGGCGGUCUGCUGGUGGCCGGCAGUGCCGGAGCCGACCAGCACGACCCGGCCGCUCUGGAGCGAGAGGAGGUGUACAGCGAGGAGUUUCCACAGCUGGGUCGGGCCGUCACGGCCGCCGACCUGCCCUGGCCGCCGGAGCCCAUCGAGCCCAACAGCGGGGACGAGGAGCCUGCCGGCGGGGGGCCCGGCGGCGCCGUCACGGCCGCCUCCACAUCCAAACAGAUCGGUCCCAGUAUGCCGACGAUCCUCACCGACCCUGGCGAGCGGAAGGCGAACGCACACAAGGCGCUCUGGCGCAUCUGCGAGUGCCCGGCGCUGGCGCCCUACCUGCGCGAGCUGCUCUGCGGCCGGGAUGUGCAGGGCUACACGCCGUUCAUGCAGGCGGUGUGCGGCCGCGCCUACCGCGCCGCCAUCCAGCUGCUCGACACCGCACAGAGGAUCGCCAAGGAGCUGCACCCCGGCGACGCCGAGGGCUGUCAGCAGACGCUGCAGUCGAUGAUCUAUCCGGCGGGCAGCUCGGCCGACGACAACCCCAUGUACGUGCUCUGCUGCAACGACACGUGCAGCUUCACCUGGACAGGAGCCGAGCACGUCAACCAGGACAUCUUCGAGUGCCGGACGUGCGGCCUGGUGGGCUCCCUGUGCUGCUGCACCGAGUGUGCCCGCAUCUGCCACAAGGGACACGACUACCGGGUAAAGAACACCUCUCCGUCGGCCUACUGCGACUGCUGGGAGAAGUGCAAGUGUAAGACGCUCAUCAGUGGCUCGCAGGCGCCGCGCUACGAGCUGCUCUGCCGACUGGUGGCCGAGACCGACCUGGCCAGCCACACCAACGCACGCGGGGAGAACAUCCUGCUGUUCCUGGUGCAGACGGUGGGCCGACAGACCACCGAACAGAAGGUGUACCGGCCCCGGCCCCGGACCGCCUCAUCGGUCAGGAAGACGGUCGAACUCGACAUUGAGAUGCCCGACCACGACCUGGAGCCGCCGCGGUUCGCCCGCCGCGCUCUGGAGACGCUGCUCAAGGACUGGCCGGCUGUCAGCGCCAUGAUCAACACAGGCAGCACAGCGAGCGGCGCCGAGCAGCCGCAGUCCGCCGCCACUAGCACCGGCAGCCGGCUCGGUCAGACGGGUACCACGCUGCUCGACAAGUUCGUGCACUGCCUGCUCGUCAAGUGCUCCGUAGAGAUGCUGAACGUGCUGCUGACGACACUGAUCCGUGAGAUGCGCGCCCAGCCGGAGGCAGCCACGGCCGUGGCACGCCGCUUCGUCCGCUCCGUGGCCCGCAUCUUUGUGAUCCUCAGCGUCGAGACACCGCCCACCGGCGUCAAAAAGAAGAGCUCCGGCACGAGCACCAUCCAGCGUUGCCGGCUGGUGUUCCGCAGCCUGCUCUCGCCGGCCGUCGAGGAGCUCUGUCAGACGGCCAACAGCCUGAUCGCGCCCGUGCGCAUGGGCGUGGCGCGGCCGACGGCGCCGUUCCAGCUGGCGCAGACCGGCCAGGAGGCGCUGCAGGGCUCCGAGGAGCUGUUCGCCGUCGAGCCGAUCGUAGCCACGGUGGCCGGCGGCGCGGCGGGCGCUUCUCGCGCGCGCAGCCCGGCGCCGGCGCUGCAGCCGCGCGCCUCUGCCGCUGCCUCGUCGGCCGGUCCGUCGGCGGGCGGCAGCGGGUCCGGUGGCGGCUCGGUGCUCUACCAGCUCUCCCGAGAUGACCAGGAGGAUAAUGACGGUGGCGGCUCGGAGCUGGAGGAACAGGCCGACCGCGCCGACCGCGAGGAGGGCGCCGGUGAGUCGGACAUGGAGCUCGACCUGCUGGCGGAGACCGACUCCGAUUCGGAGGACAACCAGUCGGCGCAGGACAACGUCUCGGGCGGCCAGCAGAGCGUGCAGACGCGCGCCACGGCCGGCUCAGACGCGGCGCUGGCCAGUAUCGGUCUGUUCAGCGACGACCGCAGCGGCAGCCCGUCCGAGGCCGAGGAUGAGGAGGAGGACUCCGAACAGGGCGAGACCGACGACCAGGAGACGGAGCUGUUCGGCGAGGACCAGCUGGAGCGGCGCGCGGGCACCGGCGCCGGCGGCGCGGCCGGCACCGGCACUGCCAGCGCGCGUGUCAACCUCACGCCACAGAGCAUGCAGUGGGCGAUCCGGUCGCGCGCCCAGGAGCCGGGCUCGCGCGCCACCGCCGGCGGCAGCAGUCUGGUGUACAUCGACCCGAGCGCCAGCCGCCGGUUCACCACCAGUGCCGUGCCGUCGUCGGUGCAGAGCAGCGUGCCCGAGCCGGUCACCAUGGCCACCACGGCGUCGUGCCUGGCGCGCGCGUUCGCGCUGGUGGUGCGUCAGGUGGCCGACCUGCUGAGCGUGGCGCGCGACUGCGGCCACGCGGACGGCUCGCUGCUGCCGCUGGGCGCCGAGCUGCUCGGCUCCGACUGGCGCCGUCUGCAGGGCUACCUGGAGCACCACCUGCAGCCCACCUGGGCCUGGCUACUGGCCGUCAUGGACUCCACAGAGGCGCAGCUGCGCUUCGGACAGUCGCUGUCGCGCGCUGACCCGACUGCGCCGGCCGCGCCGGCCGCCGGGUCGACAGGCCCCGCGCGCAAGGAGCGCGGCCGCGGCGCGGUGACAUUCGCCGAUCACCAGACGGCGCGGCGCGACUUCCUCACCUACUGCCUAUCGCUGAUGCGUUCACACAACGGCGAGCACGCCGAGGCGCUGCCCGUGAUCGACAUCGCGGCGCUGCGCCACGUGGCCUACGUCUUCGACGCGCUUAUCUACUACAUGCGCUCCGGCUCGGAGCUGAAGGCCGGUCCCGAGUCGGUCGUCGAUCGACUGCUCGACCUCGAGCCGGCCGACGACGGCGGCGACGACGAUAACUCGGAGUCGGACGUGACCAACAACAACCCUGCGCCGAUGGAGACCGACUCUGUGACGGACGAGGACUCCCAGCUGUCGGCGGCGUCGGCUCCGGCCGGCCGCGGGCGCCGUCACCCGUUCUUCCAGCGCUCCGACUCAACGCUGUUCGUGGGCGCGCCGCAGCCGGACCCGUUCGCCGGCUCGCUGUCAGAGGUGCUGCCGCUGGCCGAGCGGCCCCACCUGCUGCAGCCGACCGCGCGCCGAGAGGAUCUGUUCGGCAUCCCGCCGGCGGCGCCGAGCGGCGGCGAGCCGGGCCGCACCCACCCGCUGCAGGGCGUGCCCACACACCUGGGGCUGGCCUCACGCUCCGGCGAGCCGGCCGGCGCCGGCGCCAGUUUCCGGCCGGGCGGCAGCGGCGGCGCGCGCACGGCGUUCUCGCCGCGCAGCCGGCCGGAGCCGGAGCUGGGCGAGGGACUGGGUCACGUGGACCGGCUGCUGGAGGCCGGCUCGGGGCUGCUGCCCACGGCUGACGGAGACCAGCCGCAGAACCUGUCGACGCGCGGCGCAGAGGAGGGCGCACCGCCGCCGCGGGCGCCCAUCAUCGUGUCGCCAAAGAAGCCAGCCGACGGCGACCAACGGCAGUCGGUGAAGAGCGUGAUCGUGCGCGUGGGCUCGAUGAUGGUUCACAUGGACAAGGAUGGAGGUGCGUCGUCGGAUGGUGCCCGGCCCGGCCCGUCCGGCCAGCCGGCGGCGCCCGAGCCAGGCCCGUCGGGCGCCACGUCCUCCACCGGCUCCGAGCUGGAUGUGUCUCAAGACAUGCUGCUGGGCCGGUGGCACCUGCUGCUCGACUUGUUCGCCCGCGUGUUCAUUGACGACGUCGGCCUGGAACAGGGCUCGGUCAUAUCAGAGCUGGGCGGGUUCCCCGUGAAAGAAUCCAAAUUCCGCCGUGAGAUGGAGAAGCUACGCACCUCUCAGCAGCGCGACAUCGUCUUCAACAAGAUGGAGCGAGAGCGUUCGGCGCUCAUCAUGCAGACGUUCAAGGAGCUGAACACGCAGUACAGCACCAACAGCCGGCGCAGCACCGCCUCGCACCCGCCACUCGCCUUCAGUCGCGUCAAGGUCACCUUCAAGGACGAGCCGGGCGAGGGCACUGGUGUGGCUCGGAGCUUUUACACUGCCAUCGCCGAGGCGCUGCUGCAGCCCAAACCGCUGCCCAACCUGGAGAGCUGCCAGACGGUUCAGCUGGGAAAGCCGUACGCCUUCACCUCGUACCACCACAAAUACAAGAGCAGCAGGGACGCGUCUCAGGCGCGGCUGUCGCGCGGCCGCGAGGGACGGCGCACGCUGUCGUGUGACGCGCGCCCAUUCACCCCGGGUCAGCUGAGCGACACGCGUGCCAACGACCACCUGUCUCCGCACCUGCAGCAGCUGGGCGCGCGCCUGUACCCGCGCGUGCGCGCGCUGCGGCCGCACCAGGCGCAGAAGAUCACCGGCAUGCUGCUGGACCUGUCGCCGGCGCAGCUGCUGCUGCUGCUGGCCUCGGAGGAGACUCUCCGGCAGCGCGUGGAGGAGGCCGUGGACAUCCUGCACAGUCACAGCCGCGAGGCGGCCGCCUCGGAGUCUCUGCUCGGGGACAAAUCCCGCCCGAAGACGGCGGCUCGUCAGACGAGUGAGGAGGAGGCGGCGGAGGAGCGCGACCAGUCGCCGCUCUUCUACUGCCCCGGCAAACGGGGCUUCUACGCGCCCUGGCAGGGCCGGCCCACCCCGGAGCGUAUCAACGCCUUCCGCAACGUGGGCCGCAUCAUGGGCCUGUGCCUGCUGCAGAACGAACUGAGCCCGAUCUCGAUGUGCCGGCACGUGUACAAGUACAUUCUGGGUCGGCCGGUGCGCUUCCACGACCUGGCGUUCUUCGACCCGGCCAUCUACGAGUCGCUCCGCCAGCUAGUGGUGGACGCGGAGACCAAGGGCGACAAGGACGGACUCUUCUCGGCGCUCGACCUGUCUUUCAGUAUCGACUUGUGCCCCGAGGAGGGCGGCUGCACUGUUGACCUCGUGUCCCGCGGCGGUGACCUGGAGGUGACCUCGCAGAACGUCUACGACUACGUGCGACGGUACGCGCUGUAUCGAAUGGUCAAGUGUCAGCAGAAAGCGCUGGAGGCGCUGCGGGCCGGCGUGCUGGACGUGCUGCCACAGACGGUGCUGGACCCGCUGACGGCCGAGGACCUCCGACUGCUCGUCAACGGAGUCGAGGACAUCGCCGUGCCCACGCUCAUCUCCUACACGAGCUUCAACGACGAGAGCGGCGAGACCAGCGAGCGGCUGGUGCGCUUCAAACGCUGGCUCUGGCAGAUCGUCGAGAAGAUGACCAAGGCAGAGAAACAGGAUCUGGUGUACUUCUGGACGGGCUCUCCGGCGCUGCCCGCCAGCGAGGACGGCUUCCAGCCGAUGCCGUCCGUCACCAUCCGACCUGCCGACGAUCACCACCUGCCCACGGCCAACACGUGCAUUUCGCGCCUCUACGUGCCGCUCUACUCCAGCAAGAUGAUACUCCGAUCCAAGCUGCUGCUCGCCAUUAAGACCAAAAACUUUGGAUUCGUGUGAGGGGGCCGCCGGCGCGGUGGUAGCUGGAUUAUUCCGGCGCGAGACGGGAUGGGAGGAAGGGAGGGGUGGGAUGGGGGACGGGGAGGGCGCCGCUCUCGGCGCCCGGACAGCUCAGUGUCGUCGUCGUCGUCUCUCGCGCAGCGCGUGGUCCGUGUGGCGUCUGUGCCCGGACGCCCAGUGGACCGGCCGGGAGUGGGGCCGGUCGGCCGACCCGCCCGGGCCGGUCGGUCGGCCCGCUCCCGACUGUGGUCCACUCGAUAGGUGUCGGACGGCGCGGUAUUGUUCGUGGCUCGGCCGCUGUGGCCGAUAUAUAUGGUGAACGGCGUAAAUCAUCGGUGGAAAAUAACAUGGACACUUUCCGGUUA